GGCGGGGGCGCCGGCGGCCCGCGGGCACCCGGUGGGGCGCCCGCGCGCGGCGCGCGCGCGGGACUCUGUCCGCCCCAUGGCGCCCGCGCCGCGGGCUGGGCUGGCGGACCUGUACGCCGAGCUGGAGGUAGAGAAGGAUGCCGACGCUGCCACGAUCAAGAAGAGCUACCGCAAGCUGGUCCUCAAGUGGCACGGUGGCGGACCACCCAGACAAGAAUCCUGACAACGCGGAGGCUGCAGAGGAGAAGAUCCGCAGGAUCAACAACGCGUACGAGACGUUGAGCAACCCAGCGAAGCGCAUGGUCUACGAUAACCAGGCAAGGUCCAUGGAGACUAAGGCUCGGGGCAUGCGCGUGGACACCUCGAUGAUCAAGCCUCGGAUGAGCAUCCCGAAGGCAUUCAUGCUGCAUCCCAUGGGGCACCCGGACAGGUUCCUACGCGCCAUCGGGCGCGGGCUCGCCUUCCACUGCCGUGCUGACUUGCCCGAGGUAGAGUUCGACGCGUUCUUCCAGGCGGCCAGAUUCUCCUUGUGGUGGCUGCCCCUGGUGAACAACAUGUGCCGGCUCCGCACGCAGCCGCUCGACGUAUCCACGGGCAUUGUGGGGGCAAAGCAGGCGAGGCUCGCGCAACAGGCGUCUUCAGGCCCGUCGGGGCAGAUCCUCAGCUUCGGCCUCGGGCCAGGCGAUUCGCAGUCGGACGUGAUGCUCUCGGACAACGAGCAACCGCAGUGCACCAACGUGAUCGCCGUGGCCAGCCCGGACUACCCUGGGGCGUACCGGUUCGAGGCCGCCUAUUGCCCGGGCCAUUAUCUGUCUUUCGACCCGCCGAAGCACGCCCAGAUGAUGCGCGGGGGCGACCAAUUCGCGGUCAUCGACUUCGUCUUGACGGAUUUCUUGGUCAGCGAAAACUUCAAGACAAUCGACGAGGUGCUGAUCCCAGCGGUCGAGGCCCUGGGGGGUGGCAAGGAGGGCGUCAGCCUCACAAGGGUCUGCCAGAACUCUGGCGUCGUGCACCACUUCCAGAAGACCAUGGGUGGCGUGAUCUGGGAUUUCGAGGACUUCAGGCUG